AUGAAUACGGUGCUUACUCGGCCCUCGCCCUCCGAGGGGACCAGAACUCCGAUCAUCAAAGUCCCGGAUCGGGGCCCCUCAUCUCACUUUCUCGCGGGGACUCGGGCCAGCAGAGGGAAUCUGGAUACCUUCUCGCCAGUGAACGAGAAUGGGAGCUUCGAAUUCGACCGUGUGGUGAAGACAGGGAGGGUCCAGCGCCGUGUCAAGCACAAGCACGUCUUCCGCGCCUCAUGGAAACCAGCCUACCUCGUCCUCCGACCGAACCACCUGUCCGUCUACAAAGACGAAGAAACCACCCGCCUCCGAGUCUCAAUCCCCCUAUCCGAAGUGACCGCCGUUGCGCCCGUCAAAUCAGCGCGCUCAACCAGGAAACAUGUCUUCGGCGUCUUCACCCCUGCAACCAACUACCGCUUCGAAGCGCCGACACAACGCGAUGCCGAGGACUGGAUCCAACGCAUCCGCACCGAAACCCCCGGCAACGAGGACGAGCAAGCUUUCCUAGCCUUGACCAACAGGCGCGCACCUCCGGCCAUCCAUAAGCAGCUUGUCGACGACACGACCGACCACUCCCACUCCGACUUCGAUCUUGCCGGCCGCGCCAGCUCGCCCGAGCCACGCCAUACCCGGUCAACUCGCAGCCAUAGCCACACCCCGAACCUCCCUUACAUCCAGGAUUACUCGGGCAACGAGGCCACCUCCUUCUCAGAGUUCUCCGACGGGUCCCCGCCAACCCGCAAUAGCCAUCUACGAUCCAUGCCAUCGAUCCAUUCUCUCUCCCUCUCCGCACCAGAGGAGAAAAUUGCACCUCUUCCCCGCGACACAAGCAAACCAUCCGACCUGGGUAUCCUCAGGGAUCCCGAACGAGUCGCCUGUCAGGGGUACCUGCAGGGGCUACGUAUCCAAGGGACCGUGCGCCAGUGGAAGCGACUCUGGGUUGUGCUGCGUCCUAAGAGUCUGGCGUUUUACAAGGAUGACGCGGAGUACUCUGCGCUGAAGAUCAUCCCCAUGUCGCAGGUAAUCGAUGCGGCCGAGGUGGACCCUCUGUCGAGAUCGAAGACGUUUUGCAUGCAGAUCAUCGCCGAGGAAAAGACUUAUCGACUUUGCGCGCCGGACGAAGAAUCCCUCGCACUCUGGCUGGGCUCCUUGAAGAGUAUUCUUGCUGCUCGCCGGAAACUGGAUCCGGCUUUGGGAAGUUCCGUAUAA